AUGGAGCAGUUGGACUACGAUUAUUCAGCGGUGGUGGCCGACGCCGCAGCGGCAGCGGCCCAACAGAGGCCCGUCGCCGACUUGUUGUGGUACGACUACGGCGGCGGCAGCGGGGGCGUCGGACGGGGAGAAAGCGGUGGCGGCUCAAGCGGCGCCGGCUAUUACGGCGGCGGAUCUCCGGUCACGGGUGUGCAGGCCACGGCCUACGGGGCCGACAAACGUGGCGGAACGACCCAGUCGAGCAACGGAGGCAUAUGGUUUGGGCCGCGGUUGGGCCGCAGAAAACGCCGUGGCGGAUCGCCGUUCAGCGGCAGCGUCGUGCAUCCCGUGGACGGAAACUCGAUCUCGCCGGCCGCUUCGUCGCUGCUGCAACAAAAUCCGUUGGCCGCGGGCUCGACGUCGGCGGCAGCAGAGCAGGCUGCUGUUUCGGAUCUGAUCAACAACGUGCCGUGGGUGCUCGUACCGAUCAUCGAUAAUUCCCUGUACACUCAGAUACAGAUGAAGCAGAACGCGAGGAACGGCAGAUCGUCGGAGGAGGACGAUGACGACGUGGCGUCGCGGUCGCGGCACUCGGCCAGAUCGCCGCCGUACUCGCCACCCUUCUCGCCGCGUCUGGGCCGGCAGGCUGUCAUGGCCCAGCCGCAAGUGCCUAGGCUAGGCCGCGAAACGUUGCUGUACCGGCGAGACGCCAGAAACGCGUUGUACCAGCAGUCGAACGCGACGCUGCUCAAACAACAGCGGCAGCAGCAACAACAACAACAUCCACUACAAGCGGUCGCCGAUUCGGCGGCGGCACGACGUCAGGCCGUGUAG